AUGGAUCUCGUCAACCACCUCGAAGGCCGUCUUCUCUUCGCCGUGCCCAAAAGCAAGUUCUCUCCCAACAAGGGCCGUCUCCAACAAGCCACCCUUGACCUCCUCGCCGGCUGCGACGUCCAGUUCCGCCGCGAAACCCGCCUCGACAUUGCGCUCGUCAAGAAUCUGCCCAUCGCGCUGAUCUUCCUGCCCGCCGCCGACAUCCCGACCUUCGUCGGCGAAGGCCGCGUCGACCUCGGUAUCACCGGUCGUGACCAGGUCGCCGAACACGACGCCACCCUCCCCGCCGGCGAAGUCUCCGGCGUCGAGGAGAUCCUCGAUCUCGGCUUCGGCGCCUGCAAGCUGCAGGUGCAGGUCCCCGAGAAGGGCGACUACAAGGAAGCUAAGGAUCUCGUUGGCCGCAAUGUCGUGACGAGCUUCACUGCCCUGACUGAGGCAUUCUUCCGCGGUCUUGAGGGCGUCGAGGCCGGCGCCAAGCUCAGCACUAAGAUCAAGUAUGUCGGUGGCAGUGUGGAGGCUGCUUGCGCGCUGGGUGUUGCCGACGGUAUUGUCGAUCUUGUUGAGUCUGGUGAGACCAUGAAGGCGGCUGGUUUGAAGGCUAUUGACACAGUUGUGUCGAGCACAGCGGUGCUGGUCAAGGCCCGCGAGUCAAACAGUGAUAUCCUCACUCUGCUCACGUCCCGUCUGCGUGGUGUCAUCACUGCGCAGAAGUUCGUGCUGUGCCAAUACAAUAUUCCCCGUGCUCAGCUGCCUGUCGCAUCGAAGAUCACCCCCGGCAAGCGUGCGCCUACUAUCACUGCGCUUGAGGAGGAAAACUGGGUCGCUGUUAGCUCGAUGGUGGAGAAGAAGCGCAUUGCUACGGUGAUGGAUGAGCUGAGCACAGUUGGCGCGACUGAUAUCUUGGUGCUGAACAUUGCCAACUCGCGCACUGAUUAA